AUCAAGCACUGUUCUUAUUGGAUGGGGAAAAGACCAGCGUCUGUCGUGUGACGUCAUCACGCACAUAUACGACCUGUCCUUGAAGCCACAACACAGGCAAGAUGGUCGCAUACUGGAGACAGGCAGGCCUCAGCUACAUCCGCUUCUCCGCUAUCUGCGCCAGCGCGGUGCGCGCUGCGCUGAAGCCGCAGUUCAAGACCGAAGCACUGAAGGCCGCAGAGGCCCACGUCAAAGUCCUCAAACCCAAAACAGCAGCAGCAUGAUGUGAGACCGUGAUGUAGAUAUUUUUUCCCUGAGUUGUGGGGUCCUGUUCUGUCCUGCACACCGAGGAGAAGAGAAAAAGAUGGAUGAUAUCAAGAUGACCUGUUAGAGAUUGGGGACCUGAAUGAAAUGUUUUCCUCUUCAUUUGUAAUUUAAAAUUGUAUUAAAGAUGGAUAUCGGAAAUACA